UGUAGAAUGCGGAAACAUAUUAAUAAAUCUAAAACCUACAGAAAUCGAAAUCUAUACAUGACAAUAAAUCCAAAAACCUCUAGAAACCGAUUUUUACAGAUUUAAUGUAAAUCUAAAACCUAUAGAAAUUGAAAUCUACACAUUACUAUAAAUCUAAAAACUUGUAGACACCGAGUUCUACAGAUUUACUGUAUUCUACGGAUAAAAAUAAUCAGUUCUGAAAAAUAUGGGAAUAAAAUAUUUUAAAAUAUUCAGUUUCCUUUUUUUUGAAAAAAACAAAUUUUCAGAAAAUAUCCAGUUUCCUUUGGAUUUGAGGAUUUUUAAUGUUUACUUUUAUUUUAAUUAUUUUAAUUAUUUAUUAUAUUUUAAUAUUUAACAAGUAUUUUGUUAAUUGUAAUUUCGAGUUUAUAAUUGAAGUUAAGGGUAUUAUUGCCAUUUUGAAAAAAAGUUAGGCUAAUGAAGCAUAAAGUAUAUGAGAUUAAUCUAAUGGAACAUAAUUAUUAUUUUUGGCCUAAAAAACAAUUUUCCCAGUACCCUUCUUAGGCCUAACCCUUCUAGUAUCUUAAAAGAUCAAAGACAGCUCUGAAGACUGAAGCUCGAAAGGUCAACAAUUUUGGCGUACGUCUCUCUCAUUCAUGCUGAUAAUUCCAUGAUUUGAAUCAGCUUCAGAGAAACUUCUUCGAGACUUAUCAACGUUAUUCAGCUUUACCAUCGUUCCUAUUCGUAUCCAUUACAUGUUUCCUCAGGCAGCUUCACCGAUUCCACCUGCUCUUUAUUGUUUCUGUCUUUCUCCGUUGUACCAAUUUAUUUGGUUCAGUUAACAAUAAAUCAAACCCCAGAAAAAAAAUCUCUUGAGAUAUCCAAGAAAUAAAUUAUGAACACUCGAGCAAUCAUCGGAUUCUCAAAGCCCACAUUUUAUCAGGUGCUACUCUGCAUCAUCUCUUUGUUGUACUACCUUCCUUGUGCUUCAAGUCAGGAAGAACUUGGGUGGUGUGGAGAGUUGUUUCAGUGUGGGAACAUAACCGCUGGUUUUCCCUUCUGGGGUGGGAAACGUCCUGAUCAUUGCGGUCAUACAUGGCUGGAGCUUCACUGCAAUAACAACAACAGUACAUCUUUAAUCAUCUCAGACCAAGAGUACUCUGUUCUCGAUGUUAAUCAAACAUCUUACAGUCUAACACUUGCCAGGACAGACCUGCUAGGCCCUUUUUGCUCCGCUAUGUUUAAUACCACUACCUUGCCUCCCGAUAUCGUUGAGCUCUCACCAACCUUUAAGAACCUCACAGUUUCUUACCUCUGCGAUCCUUAUCCUUCAUCCAAUUUUACAUGUCAUGAUAAGGGUAUUGUGAUUGGGACAGUGUCUCAAGACUCUCGACAGUCUUAUUACUGUAAUGAUAGUUUCAUAGUGAAUGUUCCAAUGAGUUUCUUUCCAGAAGAGAGAGAGUUCAAUUUGAAUCAGUUGGAAAGGGUUUUAAGAGAAGGGUUCGAGGUGAAAGUGGAGAUCGAUGAGAUAACUUGUCAAGAAUGUUCGUCCUCUGGUGGAAUAUGCAGCUUUAAUGGUACCACACAAGUUUGCUGCAAGAGAAACUCACCCUCAGGAGUCUUCUGCGAACCAAAACGUCAACCAAGUUCUGCUGAGCUUCACGACCGCUGUAGUACCCCGUUUAUCUGUGGAUAUCACAGUGGUCUCUUGUACCCUUUCUGGAUUCCUGGAAGAGAAGAAUGUGGCCACCCUGACUUCAAGCUCACCUGUAUCGGAGGAUUGGCAGAGGUUAAUAUCGCGUCCGUGAAGUUCAGAAUCUUAGAAGCAAACUACACCACUCGUAUCAUAAGACUUGCCAGAUCUGAUCUUAACGGCCACCUUUGCCCCCAAAAUCCUUCACAUGCGCCAUUGGACCAAACUUUCUCUCUAUUUUCUCCUGACACCGAGCUGCUAACACUUUACUAUGGCUGCGGAGACUUUACAUUCUUAACGCCUGCUUACCAUCCUGCUUACAUCAGAGACCUUGGUUGUGAUCAUGAUGAUGAAAUCGUAGGAAGUUACUUUGUGACGAGAAACCUCUCAUCCCAUGUACUUGACGGAGUUAGAGACCUUUUAAGGGUCCUAGGGGUAUGGUGCGCAAACGUCAGUGUUCCUGCCUCCGGACCUGCUUUAAAAAUACUACAGAAAUUUCAGACUUCAGAUAAUCUCAAGAAGGUGGUUCAAGAGGGUGUCGAGCUUGGAGUUGACCAAGAAUGUUACAUGUGCAUCGACUCUGGGGGUGCUUGUGGAUAUAACCAAACCACAAGAGGGUUCGUCUGUUACUGUAACAAUGGACCUCAUAGCUAUAUUUGCAGUUCCGGAAAGAGGAAUCAUGGUACUAUUACAAAAAUUCUAAUAGGUCUGAGUGUACUAGUAGCGGGUGUUCUUGUGCUCUUGCUAAUACUCAUACCAAUUCUCCGAAAGAGAAAAGCAUCACAUGACAACAGAAAACAGAAUCUAAACACCCUUAUUCCACUGAAACACUACAGUUACGCACAAGUCAAACGAAUAACAAACUCAUUUGCGGAAGUGGUUGGGGAAGGAGGGUUUGGAACGGUCUAUAGAGGAACUCUUUCUGAUGGUAGUAUGGUUGCGGUGAAGGUUUUGAAAGAUACUAAGUGUAAUGGUGAAGACUUCAUUAACGAAGUUGUGAGCAUUAGCAGAACUUCUCAUGUUAACAUUGUGUCUCUGCUUGGAUUCUGCUCCGAAGGUUCCAAGAGAGCAAUUGUUUAUGAACUUUUGGAAAAUGGGUCGCUUGAUAGGUUCAUCUCAACCAACAACUCAAUGGGCAUGGAUUGGAUGGCAAUGCAUGGAAUCGCGCUAGGUGUUGCUCGUGGUCUAGAGUACUUGCACUAUGGCUGCAAAACAAGGAUUGUGCAUUUCGAUAUUAAACCUCAGAACGUAUUGCUGGAUGAGGAUCUUUGUCCCAAAGUUUCUGAUUUUGGACUUGCUAAACUAUGCAAGAAGAAAGAGAGCACCAUGUCACUACUAGACAUGAGAGGGACGAUAGGCUACAUCGCACCAGAGAUGAUCUCUAGAGUUUAUGGGAGUGUUUCCCACAAGUCGGAUGUAUACAGCUAUGGAAUGUUAGUCCUCGAAAUGAUAGGAGCAAGGAACAAAACAUCCGCAGAAAACUAUGCAUCGGACACAAGCUCGAUGUACUUUCCAGAAUGGAUCUACAAGGAUCUUGAGAAGGGAGACGAUGAAAGGCUUGUUGGUAAUGGAAUCAGCAACGACGAAGAGGAGAUAGCAAAGAAGAUGACAUUGGUGGGUUUGUGGUGUAUUCAGUCUUCUCCAUCAGACCGCCCACCGAUGAACAGAGUUGUGGAGAUGAUGGAAGGAAAUCUUGAUUCUCUUGAAGUCCCACCUAAGCCUGUUUGGCAAAUUCCUACAGUGCCUCUUCCUGAAACUUCUUGGAUUUCAGAGGAGAGCUCAAGCAUCACUAAUUGAAAACCAGAACAAACAAAAUGCUUCCAGUGAGUUGCAAGCAAACCAAAGAGAUUAUAACUAGUAACUUUAUAUCACUUUUAGACAGUAGUUCUAUGGUCUCUACCAUUCUAAAGUCGUUAGCAAACUCUUCUAUAAGUUAGCUAUGGAUCAGACUCUUCAUCACAUACUAUUCUCAGGGCCGGCUUGGUAUAUAGAGCUGUCAGUUUAUCUAGUAUUAUGGGUCAUUUUCACGCCAAUCAUAGUAUUAGUCGAAAGCAUAUUAUAAACACAUGUCAAAGUCAUUCCAUUAAAGCUAUUAGAAGUUAAAAAUCCCAAAUAAUCACUUUAUUUUUGUU